GUCGCUACUUGGAUGACAGGUGCGGACGGACAAAUUCCCUCUUUGAGCUCCCAUUUCCAGCCCUCUGCAUUCCGGUAAUAGUAUCCACCGGAGGUUUUCGCAACAUCCUUUUCGCCUCCCUACUACUCCGGACAGUAAGUAGGGACUACAAGGUAGCAGACGGAAUACCACUCUCCGUUGUGAGGUCUGCCUGGAAUUCGAUCCCCACUGGCUCUCUCCGUCGAUGCUACAUAGUUCAUGGCUGUGUUACCAUCCAGAGACGACCGCCGAAUUAUCCUCCACUUUGAUUAUGAUUGUUUCUACGCCUCGGUCUUUGAGGUGGAGCAGCCUGUGCUGAAAUCCCUGCCGUUGGCGGUUCAGCAGAAACAGAUCGUAGUCACCUGUAAUUAUGAGGCCCGCCGGCGCGGGUUGCGCAAGCUCCAGUUGAUCAAAGAGGCCAAACAGAUCUGCCCGGACGUCGUCAUUGUCUUAGGCGAAGAUCUGUCUAGAUUUCGCGAUGCAUCCAAGGAUCUAUUCCUCUACAUUAGGUCCUUCGUCUGGGGGGAGAAGGUCGAAAGACUCGGCUUUGAUGAGUUGUUCUUGGAUGUCACCGAAAUGAUCAACUACAAUGUCGAUCUGCUGAAUCGCUAUGAUCUGGAACAUUCAUUCUUUCAUCUGGACCGGCACGAACCCACCGUGGGUUUCACUUAUGAUGCCACCCGAUUAUGUGGCUCCACUUACCCUGCUAACGCGAAUACGAUCGCUGCCGCUGCGCCCUCGACGACUGCGACAGCUGACGAGGACACAUCAGCCUGGCUUUACACUCGAUUGCUGGUGGCCUCGCACCUUGCAGGCUACCUUCGCGGUCAACUGGAGCAGCAGAAAGGGUACACUGCCACAGUGGGGAUCUCUACGUCCAAGCUUCUCGCCAAGCUCGCAGGCAGCACUCAUAAACCGAACAACCAGACCACGCUACUUCCCCCGUAUACUACACCGACGCUGGCUGCGCCCAGUAAUGUGCUGGAUUUUCUUGAUGCGCACGAGAUCAGGAAGAUCCCUGGGAUCGGCUCCAAACUGACGCGGAAACUCAGUCACUAUCUCGCUGAUGGAGGCGCUCACUCAGCCCCAGCGGUGACCACCGACAACACCGCCGAUUCUAACAAGGUGACUGUGAGAGAUAUUCGAUUGUUGCCUGGCAUGGGCCCGUCCCUGCUCAGUCGGAUCUUAGGGGCCCCAGGGGCACCCCGAGAUAUCGGGGUGCGAGUCUGGGGACUGCUGCAUGGCGUAGACAAUACCGAGGUCGUCCAGGCAGGAGAUUUGCCCACGCAGAUAAGCAUUGAAGAUUCCUACGGUCGCCUGGACAGCCUUGACAGCGUCCGAAAAGAGCUAGUCUUGCUAACAGGGAGCUUACUUCGUCGGAUGCGGACGGAUCUGACAGAAAAGGACAGGGAGACUGACAGUAUAGCAGCAAACCAAUCUGCAAUGUCGAAAGUCCGAUGGCUUGCGCAUCCGCGAACCCUGCGGCUGUCCACACGGCCCCGGUCUGCCACCGACAGUGCACAAUCUUACCAUGGGGGGAGAAUCUCUCGCUCAGCGCCGCUGCCCGGAUAUGUCUUCCAUCUUGAUGAGAGUGUGGACGCGCUGGCUGAACGAUUGGUACAAGAUCAACUACUGUCCAUGUUCCGCAAGCUUCACCCGGAGAGGUCUGGGUGGAACCUGCGAUUGAUGAACGUCGCUGUGACAAAUUUGGUAGAUGCCGCUGGAGAACGGAAGCAAAGCAGUGGACGCGAUAUUGGUAAGAUGUUUCAAAGCCAAGGGUCGCGGCGCAACGAUGCCUUGGCCAUUUCUGAGCCGGGGCACGUAUCUACGGGUAACAGCGGCACAAUGGCCGUCACCCCUCAGGAGCCCUUCCAUCCUGGAGACGCUGCAGCCAUGACUGAGAACGAAGUGGAGGAAGCUGCAUGGGAAGAGAGCGACGGAGAAGAUGGCAUGGCUUGUGUAGCAUGUGGCGUCUGCGGCGCCAUGAUUCCACAUUUCGCCCGAGACGCGCACGAAGCAUUUCAUUUGGUUCCAGACUGACCGUGAUUUGGUGGGGGAUGGAAUGGUAACACUAUGGUUGAAGAAUAUUGACGCCAGGAUGGAGUGGUUGUUGCUCUUGAGUUAUAGUAAGACAGCAGUACUCUGUAUAAUGAGCGAUGAUCCGUAAGCGCCGGGAGGGCUUGGCGGGUGUCCGCGACAACCAAAAGCGGAGAAAGCGAUGAAUCGUCCAUCGAAUGGUUUGUUGUGGUUGUUGUUUGGGGGGUCCAUUUGCAAUCCCUGAACCGGACCCUGUCAAUCCCUCCCAAGUCCCUCGUUAUCCUCCGCCUUUUCCACCCCCUCCACACUUUAUUUUCCCAUCCAUCAUCUUCCAGUGCCUCAAUCCAAAUCACUGUCGUUGA